AUGCUUUUCCGGCUACAUAUCGUCCGACAUGCAGAGGGAACGCACAAUCCUGCCCAUGAUACGACGAUCCUAGACCCGCCACUGACUGAAAGAGGAAUCGAACAGUCCCGGGAGCUAUCACAAACUUUUCAAUUCAAAGAAAGUGUUGGACUAGUGCUGGCGUCUCCGCUACGACGUACUCUUCAAACAGCUUACAUCGGCUUUCAACGAACACUCGAUCAAAAAUACUACGCCAAAGGAUCAGGAGCAGGCGUUCAAAAGGGUGCAAAAUUCGUUCUUGAGCCGGAUGUGCAGGCACACUCUUCUCGUCCAUGCGACACUGGCUCGGACAUUUCCAUUUUGCAGUCCGAGUAUCAAGAUCUGCCCUGGGACAUCCUUGAAUUGGAUCCUACAUUCCCUAAUAAGGAAGGGCUCUAUGCGUCUGAUUCUGAGGCGCUCAAACAGCGUGGAUGGCGUAUUCAGCGUCGGUUGGAGGAGAAGUUUAAGGAAUUGGCAAACACUGCUCGGCCUGAUAUUGUUGUUGUUACGCAUGGGGGCUUUAUAAGAUUUGUUACAGGAGAUGAUACUUUGACUAUUGGGCCGGCAAAAGCAAGGAGUUUUAUGGUUACAUUUGAUCAAGAUUCUAGACUUGUUAUUGAACAUUCAUUGUCUGGGUAA